AUGGGUAAAUCUCACGGUUAUAGAUCUCGUACUCGUUACAUGUUCCAAAGGGACUUUAGAAAGUCCGGAACUAUCCCAUUGUCCACCUACUUGAAGGUGUACAAGGUUGGUGACAUCGUUGACAUCAAGGCUAACGGUGCCAUCCACAAGGGUAUGCCACACAAGUUCUACCAAGGUAAGACCGGUGUUAUCUAUAACGUUACCAAGUCCUCCGUUGGUGUGAUCGUUAACAAGAUGGUUGGUAACAGAUACAUUGAAAAGAGAUUGAACUUGAGAGUUGAGCACAUUAAGCACUCCAAAUGUAGACAAGAGUUCUUGGAAAGAGUCAAGACCAAUGCUGCUAAGAAGGCUGAAGCUAAGGCUAACGGUGUUGCUGUUCAAUUAAAAAGACAACCAGCUAAACCAAGAGAAUCUCGUGUCGUCUCCACCGAAGGUAACAUUCCACAGACCUUGUCUCCAGUUCCAUACGAAACCUUCAUUUAA